AUGUUUCCCAUCGCCGUUUUAGCACUGGCUGCUGCCGCCCAGGCACACACAGUCGCCUGGACCAAAGGCAUGUACUGCUCUGGGGGCCCUGAUCUCUCUACCGUCAACCUCAAUACCAACACAGCAGUGGGGCCCCUUUACAACCUCGCCAAGGAGGACUGGUGGUUCCAACACGAACGUGGAUGCGAUGCAGCACCGCCGCAGGACGGCGAGGUUCUCGAACUCCCUGCUGGCGGGAGCUUCACCGUCGAGCUCGCCCAUAACCGGGCGCAGACUACACUGUCAUACGGUGGACAGUACGCUUCUGAUUGGCCGGAUGGAAACGAUCACCCAGAAGACUGGGCCGGUCCUGGAAGUCCGCCAGACUGCAUCCAGGAUGACGGUGCAAUGCAUACCAACAACCAAUCCAUGGCUGCUGGUACCGCGUUUGCGAUCAGCUAUCAGUCAGAUCUAGCCGAUGUCACAAUCGACAACUUGGCCGUAUUCACGGUCUUGGAGCAGUGCCGAACGGCUGCGGACAACCUAACAUGCAAGUACAUGGCCGGCUACAAGUGCAAUGUGACAGGCUCAACAUCGUCCAAGCAGGUUGCACCUGCUCAAGUCGCGGCUUAUUGCGGAGAUGACUCGACCAAGUGUGUCAAGGGCGCCAAGCAGAUGAUUGCUUUCAACCAACAAACCGGAAACAACGUUCAAGUGCCCAAUGGCAAGACACCGAUGUACAACACGGCGUGGGGUUGGGAAUCAGGUGCCCAAAAUGAUAUUUUCGUGUGA